AUGACAGGGAAGCGACCAUAUCCGGACGAUGCCUACGGCGGCGACCACAAGCGCUCGCGCUCGAACAACGCUUCGCCAGCGCCGCCCGCGAACGGAGCUGGCGCGAAGCCCGACAUCUCCAAGGCCAUCGCCGAAGCUCGCGCUCGCGCAGCCGCCGUAAAGGCCAAGCUCCAAGCGCAAAAUGGCGGUUCGGCGUCGCCGUCUCCCUCGCCAGCUCCAGGCACUCCGGCAGCGGCCUCACCUCCAGCGCCAAGCGCCGCAGAGGCUGCGCGUCAGAAGAUCGAACAGAUGAAGGCACGCGUAGCUGCCGCUACCAAGAAAGUCUCCAACCCGACGCCGCAGGCCACGGAAUUCGAAGAUGCGUCGUCACGUGCUAGGGGAGGAUUGAACAUCGGCCUGCAUCCCGCUUUGCUGGGCGACGCUGGGUCGGGAGGGGCGAAGGGGAAGCAGGCCAUCCAGCCAAAGUUUGCCACGACAAUGGCCAACCGGCGGACGGAAUCGCCGGUGCAGAAAGACAAGAAGCAGCUGGACCUGUCGGGACCGAACCUGGAAGAGCUGAAGAAGAAUCCCUACUACGACCCCAACGUCGGAGGCGCCACCGCCAAGGGCAGGCAAUCCAAGCAGCUCGUUUUCAACCAAAAGGGAAAGUUCAUCCAGCAGGCCAAUGCUCUGCGGAGACAGGCGGCGCUCGAGCAGAUGAAGAAGAGGAUCGCCGAGCAAGCAAAAAAGGUCGGUCUCGACGAGGCCAGCGACAAAAACUACCUGGUACCAGCUCCGCCCGAGGUGGAAUGGUGGGAUGAGGGAUUGGUCGGCUCGGACUACAAUUUAGAAAAUGCCAAGCUGGAAGGCUCCGACUCCAUCGUAACGAUAUACGUGCAACACCCGGUGCUCCUCGAGCCACCGCAAGACAGGAAGAAUCCCGGCCUCAAGCCGCUACCCCUCACGAAGAAGGAGCAAGGGAAGCUCCGUCGUCAACGGCGCAUGGCGGAGCACAAGGAACAACAGGCCAAGAUCCGCCUGGGACUGGAACCACCGCCCCCACCGAAGGUCAAGAAGAGUAAUUUGAUGCGCGUCUUAGGCGAGCAGGCGGUCAAGGACCCGACGGCAGUCGAGGCUCGCGUGAAUCGUGAGAUAGCAGAGCGCGCGGCGAAGCACGAGCAGGACAACGAGGCGCGCAAGCUCACCAAGGAGCAACGGCACGAGAAGUUGGCGGCUAAUCAAGAAGCUGACGCAGCCAAGGGUAUCAUCAUGUGUGUGUUCAAGGUCGACAAUCUCUGUUUCGGCAAGCACAGAUACCAAAUCGACGUAAACGCCAAGCAGAGCAAGCUGACGGGUAUCGUGAUCUUGAAUCCGAAGUUCAACCUGAUCAUCGUCGAGGGCGGUGCAUACUCGACAAGGUUCUACAAAAAGUUAAUGCUGAACCGGAUCAAAUGGCACGAGACCGCGAUGCCGCAGAGCGUUCGCGAAGGGAACAGGGAAGCGGAAGCAUCGUGGCUGCAGUCGGUGGAUGAGAAUGGAGAGCUCAAGGAUUUGAGCUACAACAAGUGCACGUUGAUAUGGGAGGGUGAGGAAAGGGACCGAGCGUUCAAAAAGUGGUUUGGACUGAAGGUGUGUGAGACGGACGCCGAGGCGAAGGAUGCGUUGACGAGGUCAAAGAUGGAGAACAUGUGGACUCUGGCGAAGACUUACCAGGAGUAG